GGACCUUUGAGUAACCGGGGACUUGGCCUGCCUUGACUAAGCUUGAUGGGAGAUCAGCUGUGGAUGAGUUGAUUACAUUUCGUGAAGUAAGAGCUCUUCACCAGCCAGGGUUUAAACUACUUUCUCAGCAUCACUUCACCUGUGGACUCUUCUAAAUUUUGCUUUUUUGGGAGAAGAAACCAGGGUAAGAGAACAUCAUUUUAAAACAAGUUAGCAUCCUCUCCCUUCUCUUACAAGUGGAUGCAAAGGAUAAGGCUGUAAUUCCAUUGGACUGCACCUUUAAAUCAAAAUAGCAGAAGAAAGGAACAAUGGCUCUGAGUGGAAAUUGUAGUCGUUAUUACCCUCGGGAACAAGGGACUGCAGUUCCCAACUCCUUCCCUGAAGUCAUAGAGCUGAAUGUUGGUGGUCAAGUUUAUUUCACUCGCCAUUCUACACUAGUAAGCAUUCCUCAUUCCCUCCUGUGGAAAAUGUUUUCCCCAAAGAGAGACAUGACUAAUGAGAUAGCCAAGGACUCAAAGGGAAGGUUUUUCAUUGACAGAGAUGGAUUUUUGUUUCGUUAUAUUCUGGACUAUCUCAGGGACAGGCAGGUGGUCCUGCCUGAUCACUUUCCAGAAAGGGGAAGACUGAAAAGGGAAGCAGAAUACUUUCAGCUCCCAGAUUUGGUCAAACUCCUGACUCCUGAUGAAAUCAAGCAGAGCCCAGAUGAAUUCUGCCACAGUGACUUUGAAGAUGCCUCACAAGGAAGCGACACAAGAAUAUGCCCCCCUUCCUCACUGCUCCCUGCUGACCGCAAGUGGGGUUUCAUUACUGUGGGCUACAGGGGAUCUUGCACCAUGGGGAGAGAGGGGCAAGCAGAUGCCAAGUUUCGCAGAGUCCCCCGAAUUUUGGUUUGUGGAAGGAUUUCCUUGGCAAAGGAAGUCUUUGGAGAAACUUUGAAUGAAAGCAGAGACCCUGACCGAGCCCCAGAGAGAUAUACCUCCAGAUUUUAUCUCAAAUUCAAACAUCUGGAAAGGGCUUUUGAUAUGUUGUCAGAGUGUGGAUUCCACAUGGUGGCCUGUAACUCAUCAGUGACAGCAUCUUUUGUCAACCAAUAUACAGAUGACAAGUUCUGGUCAAGCUACACUGAAUAUGUCUUCUACCGUGAGCCUUCCAGGUGGUCAUCCUCCCAUUGUGACUGCUGCUGCAAGAAUGGCAAGGGUGACAAAGAAGGGGAGAGUGGCACAUCUUGCAAUGACCUUUCCACCUCCAGCUGUGACAGCCAGUCUGAGGCCAGCUCCCCCCAGGAGACAGUCAUCUGUGGGCCUGUGACACGCCAGACAAACAUCCAGACUCUGGACCGUCCCAUCAAGAAGGGCCCAGUGCAGCUGAUCCAGCAGUCAGAGAUGCGACGGAAAAGCGAUCUACUCCGGACUCUGACUUCAGGCUCUAGGGAGUCGAACAUGAGCAGCAAAAAAAAAUCUGUUAAAGAAAAGCUCUCCAUUGAGGAAGAGCUGGAGAAAUGUAUCCAGGAUUUCCUAAAGAUCAAAAUUCCAGAUCGUUUUCCUGAGAGAAAGCACCCUUGGCAGUCUGAACUCUUACGGAAGUAUCAUCUAUAGGGGAGGGCUGGGGUUGGGAGAAGUAAAAAACAAAAAUGAAAACAAAUCAAGUUACCAUUUUGAAGUAAAUCUCCCAAAAGAAAUUCAUAUUUUAAAGGAAAGAUAACUAAUGAUACACACUCGUUAGAACCCAAUAGUCCAUUGACAUACACUACUGCCUACUUUUACCUUGUUCACCUUAACAUGUAAAUCCACAGGGUAGAUUUCUUUCCAGAUGUGGAAAUACAAGAAAAAAAAAUGUUGUUGUUGUUUGUUAACUUGGUCCCAUGUGCUGAGUAUCUUCUACACAAUGACAGCCAGCUACGUGAGAGUAGCUGACAGACCUGGGGAGUCAUUUAUCUCAAACUGGGCUUUUUCUCUCAUUUUCUACCUCCCUCCCUUGAUCAAGGAUAUGUGGUAGAAAGAGAUCUGGCCAAGUGGAAUAGGUUUAGUUUUUUAUUAUUAUUCUCUUCCUUUUCUUUUGUUUAUGGGGUGAGGGGAAUUGGCAGAUUUAUAUGAUUUUUCACUUAAAACUAUAUGUGCCAGUUUAUAUUGACUCCGUAUGCAUGAGUAUUUGUGCAACACAAGCACAACCGUAAGUCUGUAUAUACACACAGUGCACAUGAUCCAGGGUUUGGACACCCUGAGGGCUAAGGGCUGUGCUCCUGUUGCCAGCAUUGCUUCCUGGAGCCCUUCAGACAGAUGAGCCUCUGCCUGUUUCUUGCAAUGCUCGCUUGUGGGCAGAUUUCCCAGCUUCUCUUGGCAACACUUUCUCACAUGGAAUAACCCUCAUCAUCAACAAAUUGUCUUCCUCAUUUUAAAAUUAAUACCCUCAGGCUCCAUUUUGUGACUUUGCUCUUUCUCUGCAUUAGGAGAAGUGAGAAGAGCUAGUCAGACAUUCUUUGUGUUAUACAAACAAACAUUCAUAUUCAUAAAAAUAACUGCUGGAUGAGU